AUGGUUGGUGGGCCAGGCCAUGGACGUACUACACCCCUUACUGACAAAGUCCUGACUGAUGAGGAGGUGGAAUCAGCUAUCGCUGUGUUGAGACAUUCUGCAGAUGAGGAAACCAUCCGUGAAAAAAUGAAAACCACCUUCAGUUACCGCCAAGCAAUGGUCAAUGACCAUGACAAAUCGGCAGAGGUCUUCUCAGUUUUUCCACGAUUCCUGGACACACAGGGACUGGUAGAGCAGGAUUUCAGACUGAUGUUUGGCGAGCAGACUGCCAAUAAGUUCCUGGAGAGAUGGCCUACCACUUUCAAAGCAAGAGUCAUCAAGGAAAGCCAUGGACUUGUCCCCUCCACAGACCUUCUUGAUUUGAUGCACAAUGCUGAGACAUCCACUGAAGUUGAAAAUGGGUGGGACAGUGACAUGUCUGCCAUCAUACUGCUGCUACAUCUGCUACCGCCAUCUGCACAGGGACGCAAGAGGCCAGGGAAGAUAUCAGCAUCUAAUGCCGUCGAUCACCUCAUCAAAUUUCAAAAGACGGGAACAAGCCUGCAGCAGCAUCUAGACAACAUCACUCAAAGCCGUCAGCCCUACAUCCUUGCACAGGGACCCACAAAAAGCAGCAUUCACUCCUUCUUCAUUGCCAUCGACAAGCACGCACUUCCAUGCCAAGCCACCACCUCAGUCGGAGCCCUGGAUGAACUCUUCAAGGCCCACUUUGUCUUUGGUACAUCUUACAGUCCUGCCUUGAACAAUUUUUUCACUUUUCUCCAAACUGCCAUUUACAACAUUGAUGUAGGGAAAACUAAGGAAACGCCAAGAAUUGCAGAAUUGCGAGCUAGAAUGGUGCGUUAGACUUAAUUUUUAAAAAAAUGAGGUGCUUUCUUUGCAGUAAUGA